AUGGAGAAAAAGAGAAUAGCAAUCGUCGGCAGCGGCGUCUCUGGUAUCGGCGCCCUGUACGGCCUACGAGACACUCCACACGAAGUGCACCUCUACGAGGCAGCAGAUCGUCUCGGUGGCCACACAAACACCGUGCCGUUCGAGCACAAUGGCAACAAGACCAUGGUCGACACCGGCUUCAUCGUCAUGAACGCAGCAACGUAUCCGAACUUCAUCCCCUUUCUAAAUGAGGUCGGCGUGGAGACCGUACCAACGGAAAUGACCUUUGGCAUCUCCCGCGAUAACGGUGCCUUCGAAUGGGCCGGCACAUCAGUCAACGCCGUCUUCGCGCAGCGCGCCAAUCUGUUUCGCCUGAGCAUGUGGCGUAUGAUCUUCGACAUCAUCCGCUUCAACCAGUUCGCACUGGAUUUGCUCUCCUCCGAGGAUGAGACGUCACAGUCCGCGACCGACCUUAGCAUCGGCGAAUAUCUUGACCGAGAAGGGUACUCAUCCGCUUUCAGAGACGACUAUCUCAUCCCCAUGACGGCCGCUGUCUGGAGCACGGGGCCCGACAAGUGCGCGCUUGAGUUUCCGGCCGUGACGCUCGUGCGGUUCAUGUGGAAUCACCAUCUUCUAAGCACGAUAGCGACGCGACCGGAGUGGAGAACUAUCAAGGGUGGCGCGAAGAAGUACAUCAAUGCUGUGAUGAGUGACUUUCCCGCUAGUAGGGUGCAUCUGUCCACGCCCAUCCACUCCGUCACCAACGACAGCAGCGGCAGAGUUGUGCUGGACCUACCGAACGGAGAGCAAGAGGUCUUCGACGACGUUAUACUCGCCUGUCAUGGGGACCAAGCAUACGACAUCAUCUCGAACUCCGUAACCGCGACAGAAAAAGAGGUCAUGAGUUCCUUCAAGACGACGCCAAACACCGCGUACCUACACUCCGACCUCUCUCUCAUGCCCCACCGCCCCCUCGCCUGGUCCUCGUGGAACUACCUCACCGCCUCCUCUCCCAGCGCCCCCCUCCCUUCCGCCCCCUCAACCUCCACCCUCCCCUCCUCGUCCACCCCGUCCGGCGCCCUCGCCACUGUAACCCUAACCUACAACAUGAACACCCUGCAACACCUCCCCGUCUCCCGCUUCGGCCAUAUCCUCGUAACGCUGAACCCGCCCCACCCACCCUCCCCGCACCUUACGCAAGGCAAGUACGAGUACACGCAUCCGCUGUACAACGCGGCCGCGGUGCGCGCGCAGGGGAGGUUAGGCGAGAUUCAGGGGAGGAGGGGGGUUUGGUAUGCUGGCGCGUGGACGGGAUAUGGGUUCCAUGAGGAUGGGUUCGCGAGUGGGGUUAAGGUCGCGUGUGAGUUGGGCGGGGCGGUGCCGUGGCGGAGGGCGGAUGCGAAGUUUUCGAGGGGCCGGAGGCCGGUGUUGGGGGCCGGGGAUUAUGCUGUUAGAGCUGUGGUGAUGAUUAUCAUGGCGGUGAUAAGGGCGGUGGGGAUUGUGUUAGGGGUGGUUUGGGGGAGUGGUGAGGGAGAGGGAAAGAAGGAGGUUUAG